AGUCAGUAUAGCGGCGUUUUUCAACCAAAACAGAUGAGCUUGGCCGAGCUACAAGUAUAAAGUGUGCGAGCGAAAACGAUCGUCGGCCAUACAUACAGAUCUAACCUCCUACUUAUAAGAAAAGUCAAAGUGAAUUGAAUUGAAAAGUGUAAAGCGAAAGUUGGAAGAAAGUAGAAGACGAAAGAACCUUAAGACAAGAACAGAACUGCGUGCGGAAAGUGAAUUUGCUACGGUAAACUUGAAACAACAAAAACGAUCAUUAAACUCGCAAAAGUACAAAGUGAUCAUACUUGAUUGCAAAGUGAUCUCGUCCGAUUAAAAUUCCAAAGAAAACUUCAAUUCUACGCUGUAAAGUAAGAACGAAAAUGUAGCUGCUCACUGCUGCCUUGAAUAUCAAUUUGUGCGCUAUUUUUGGCAAGUGAUCGCUUGUGAAGUAAAAAAGUAAAAAAAACUGAAAAUUACAACAAUAAACAUAAAAAAAACCAUAAAACCGUUAAGGUUGUAAGCAGACAUUAUAAGAAUCAAUAAGAAUUUUUAUUGCCAUUGCAAUAUUUGUUAAACAACAACAACAAAAUGUACAUAUCGAAUUCCACCGGUGGCCUGAUGCUGCAGACGAUGCUCUAUUUGGCAAAUCAGACCAGUAGAGCAGCGGUGAACACAUUGGUCGAUCUGCCGCCAGCGCAGAAGAGUGACGGCAACGAGGUGAAAUGUUAUGGUGUUUACGGUUGCUUUCCAUUAAAUGGACCCUGGACGACUGAGACGCGUCAGAUCAAUGUGCAUCCACAGAAACCCUCACAAAUAGAGCCACAUUAUACGCUCUACACGAAGCGCAGCAUGGAGAAGCCGAAAUUUAUAGAUCUCAAUGAUCCGGAAGCGGUGGCACAAAUGGGCAUAAAUCCAGCGGGCAAAAUAUUUCUCGUCUCGCAUGGUUACCUAGAAAAUGGCAAUAUCGAGUGGAUGAAGGAGUUAGCCAAGACAUUGCUGCAAAGCGAGGAUGAAGGCAAUGCCGCCGUAAUACUCAUCGAUUGGGGCGGUGGCUCGAAUCCACCUUAUGUGCAGGCGGCUGCAAAUAUUCGUUUAGUUGGCGCCAUCACCGCACAUGUCAUACACAUGCUUUAUGAGGAGCUACAACUGCCCCAUCUACGCAACGUGCACAUCAUCGGUCAUUCGCUGGGCUCACACUUGGCUGGCUAUGCCGGCUAUCACCUGCAGCAAGACUUUGGCUUGAAGCUGGGACGCAUCACCGGAUUGGAUCCGGCGGCGCCACUCUUCUCCGAAACUGAGCAUAUAGUGCGUUUGGAUCGCUCCGACGCCGAGUUCGUGGACGCCAUACAUACAGACGCGAAUCCGUUCAUGAAAGGCGGUCUGGGCAUAUAUCAACGUGUCGGUCACGUCGAUUUCUAUCCCAAUGGCGGCUCAGAUAAUCCCGGUUGCGAUGUGCGUCUGCAGGACUACAUGAGGAGUCGCAAGAGCUCCGUUUUCUUGAGCAUGCAAGAGUUUCUCAGCUGCAAUCACAUACGCAGUUACCAAUACUUCACGGAGAGCAUAGAGAACAAGUGUCCGUUCAUGGGCAUCACCUGCGAAUCGUACGAGGCCUUCAAGGAGGGAUUGUGCUCGCGUUGCGAUGAAAAUGGACUGCUUUGCAUGCGCAUGGGCCUACACAGUUACACGGACUAUAAAGAGUUGCAGGCGGUGGGCGAGUUACGCGCCAAUGACAAACCGCCGGUGCUGUAUCUGACGACAGCGGACAAAAAGCCCUUCUGUCGUAUUCACUACAAAAUCACCGUGCGCGUGUCGGGUCACGACGAGAGCACCAUGCAUGGCGGCGAAAUCGGCACAAUCUCACUGCGUCUCCACUCGAAGACGCGCAGUAAGAAGCUUACAGAUCACAUACGCUUCUCCGAGAAGGCCAUGUACUUCGAGCCGGGCUUUGAGUACAGUGCUUUGGUGACGGGCAAAGGUGUGCCCGAUCCGGCGUCGUAUGCCUCUGUCUACUGGGAGUAUCAGACGAACUUCUUGAAUCCGCUCACGUGGCGCAUACUCUCGGCGCCGCGCAUUUACUUGGAUUAUAUAAUGAUUGAGUCGCUGGAGUAUCCCGACAUGCAGCUGAAGCUGUGUCCACUCAACGAGAACGCUGUGAUAUCCGGCACAGAGAAUAUACUGCAGGAGAAGUAUUGCAAGUGAUGAGUUUCAUAGCUCACACUUUUGCUGUAAAUAUUAUCACGUGAUAAGUCAACUUUUAUGCAACAGCACACAAAAUGACGGAAAUUCCGAAAAUCCAACCAAUGGCGAAGAACGAAUUCAUGAAGACACGCCGAACUACAAACGUUUCCGAAGCAACUGUCAAUUGCAACGGAAGUGUCAGAAUUACCGCUGCGUUAACAAAAUAUAAACUUCUAUAUACUCACCAUAGAUGUCGCAAGAUGAGAAAUUUAGCUAAGUCAAAGACCAUGCGUGAGGUGAGAACAGUAUUAUUGCUGGUCCCUAUUGAAGAGUUCAUUUUCUCUGAACAAUUUUGGCGGUGUUCUCCAUUUAUGGGUACACUUAAUCAAGCAACUACACAGACCUGUUCGCCACUUUUCGCAUUGUAGAGAUUUUAAACUACUCUCUUCUCAGCGUAGACCUGCAAUUGCUUCUCUUCUCAAUCAGUUUGGAAGCGCUCCAUACAUUUUGAGUACGGUUUCUUCGUUCUCAGCCACCAUAC